GGCAAAUGUGUAUGCAAGUACGCAGGUGACGGGUGCGAUGCAGCUGAGAUUUUGGAAUCGGAAAGCUCGGAGUUGAAUGUGUGUCUCGCCUGUUCGGCGUGACGCCUGUUAGAAAACGGCCCGUGACUUUUGACCGUUCGAACGUCUCCUCACAGCGGGCGAGAGAAAAAGAAGGGAAGUGCGAGUCGAGGAGAUUCGCCGAUACGCCCUUCCCCGUCGCUCCAUUUCUCUCCGUCGCUGCGCGUACAGGGAACCCCCGGAGUUGCCACUUCGGUCCUCCCGAGAAAACGAGGACGCUGUGGAAGAGAACGUUGCACCUCGCAAAGAAAAAGAAGCGAGGAAUCGAAGAGACUGCCUCGUAUCAUUGGGCUGCGAAAACACAAGACGUUUCGGAGUGCCGCUUCAGACGUUCGGUGAAGUCUCAACAGAGAAGGACUUCCACUUUGCUCGACUUCCAUCGCCUCGCAGAGCCCCAUGACAUGCUCCGAGGAAAUCGAAACGAAACCUUCCCGAGACGCGGUCCGUUGCCAAUGCCAGGCAGCCAGGCAUUCAAGCGAAAGAGAAGGCAAAAGCGUUCUUUUUUCCGCGGCCGCCUUAUUUUUUGGCUACGAAGCAGGAAGUGCGUUGUCAAAUUGGAACUGUCCGUUCACUUCGUUCGAUUCUCUCGCUCGUGCCUCGUCACCCGUCGUCCUCUGCAACGUUCCCUGACUUCCUUCGCUCUUGUCCCCGCUCUUCGCCUGCCUCUUCCUUCGACGCCUUCCUCUGUCCCCGUUCCUGCCUUGGCUUCCGCGUUUCUCCUUCGCUAACGCAUCAUCACGCAUGCAGCUGGCCGGCGGGCGUCCACCUGCGAAAGGAAAGGGAGAGAAGCGCAGAAGCAGGCGAAGGGGAGGCGAAGCAGCAGACAAGAGACAACAGCCUUCACUAGGAAACCGACCAGAGAGAGGUGUCUCCUCCAGAACGCGCAAUGCAUGCGCCGCGUAGGCUCUUCGGCGACGGGGUAGGACGCUGCCGCAUGCACCGAGAGUGCUGACAUGCGCCGCCGCGAGACGCAUCCUCUGAAGGCAGAGAAAACGCAGGAGGCGCCAGAGAGAAAGGGCUUCUCCGCUGCGGAGGCAUGUCCUGCAGCGCGCCCGCUGGAGCGGAGAGAGGAAAGUGGAGGGUCUGCUCUUCAAGAGGGUGGAGGGGAAGCUCUGUAGAGGCCGAGGCGACUCAGGGUGCCCAGGUAGGCUGGGGAAUCGAGUCUCGCUUCCUGGAGACGGAGGCGGUGCUGCGGAGAGUCGUCGAACAGCCGGGGAAGGCGCCACUGCGAUGCAGCCCAGAAAGGACGCAGAGAGAAGGACAGACAGCAGGCGCUGUGGGGAGAGAAAGAGAAGACGACCUUCCAAAGGUCGCGGGAGGAGAACCUGACAGAACGCUUCCCUCGCACCGUUGACGCUGUGCGGAGCAACAUGUAGAUGCAGACGAAAAGGAAGCAGAAGGCAGCAGAGCAGCAGAACGAGAGGAGGCAGAUUGAGAGGAACAAGGACGAGAGAAAAGAAGGAAGCGACGCAGGAGCGUGGCGGUGAGUGAGAGCGCGAAAGGAGAGAGGAGAGAAGAAGGAAGAGUCGACAGACGAGAGCGGACUGGACGCACUUGAGAGCGCGCGUAAGAUGGGGAGAACAUGCGCGUCAACGAGCAGGUUGAAGAUGACAGAGAUGAGUGACUGCACGAGAGAGAGAGAGAGAGAGAGAGAGAGAGAGAAGAAGAAGAUCCGCUCGAGGGGCUUUGUGGGGGGAGGCCGGCCGAGAGAGAUUGAAGAAAACGAAGAGAAAAAGGCUCAACGUGAACACUGAACCGCCACUCAGAAACCGCGCCGCCUCCAGCCAUGCCCGUCAACGCGCAAAGAGGCUCGACGCAGAGAAGAAAGAAGGCCAGGUCCAGAAGGCAACGCAGAGGAACACAAAGGAGAACACAGCGAGAGAAGAACAAGACGAAGAAAAUGAGCAGAGAGAGAGAGAGAGGAGGCUCGGCGGGAGAGGAAAAGGAAGAGGCAGCUAGGACAGAGAGAGAAAGACAGAGAGGAAGGGAGAAGGAUGGCGAGCAAGAGGAAAGGCGAAGGAGAUAGAACGGAUAGAAAGCGAAGAGAGCGUCAAAGCGAGGAGGAAGGUCCAGUGACAAAGAAGAAGAGGGAAGUGGAGACGAUCCUGUCGGAGAGGGCGAAGCUGAAGAAGUCGAGCAGAGAGGAGGCUAUGAAACGAGCGUUGUGCAAGGAAGAGAAGAAGUUUCUUUCCAGAGACAAGGGCCGUGGGGUCAAAGACCUCAAGCUAGCGAUUUCACUUGCCUCACGACAGACUUCGGCAAAAAGCAGGAACCGACUGCAACCCAGAAGACCUGCGCGUUCGCUCUGAAAAGAAGUUGGUGCUUCUCUCAGAAACUUUGGACUUUUCUAACGGACAACGCAUUCUUCUGACUUAAGCUCCCAGCGCGAGAGGUGACAGAAAAAGAGAGGCGAGAGAGAGUCGAGGUUCCUUUUCUCGCUGAUGCCUCUUGCGGUUGAAGUCAUUUCUGCUCGCGGAAGACCGGCCGCAAAGGAGGAGAUUUUCUCGUUUUUUAUACGAACGAAAGUUGUUCCUUCUCCCUUCUAGACUAGCGCGAAACAGUGCCGAGUGACCCUCAACCUUUUGCCGACAAGCGGAUGCGCGUAUACAGACGAACUGCGGCGCGGUGUGCAGCAGCCCCAGGGAGAUGGA